AUGCACCCUCCCCGAGACUUUGCGGGAGAGUUGCAAGACGUGAAAGAGGAGGUAGAGGAUUUGCGAGCUGAAGUCCGGCGCCUUCGACGUGGGCUGCUUGAGCUACGUGCUCUUGUUACUGAUCAGCAAGUGACUGCAUCUGGGCGCGACUCAACUGUGGGGGGAUCCUAUUCUACGGCUUCUUUUUCUCCGUCUCCUGAGCGGGGUGCGGAGGCUGUUGCCGCAACAUCGGCGACUUUGCAAUCAGUGCCUGAGCAAGCUGGGACAGCCGCGCCGAGUGCGCAUACCGCUCUCAGUUGGCAGCAACGUGAGGAGAUCUGCGAUCAGAUCGGGCGCUUUUUAGCCAGGUCAAGCGCGGGAGGGCACAGAGGGUCAAGUGGACGGGAGAAGAUCAACCUUCCCUCGCGGCUCUGGAUCAUAGUCCGCGAUUUCAGCGGGCAGAUCUAUACACCUGUCAAGGUGGUGAGAUCGUGGUCUUCCUGCAAGACUCUUUGCAAGCCUGGCAAUCACGAGUGCGGUGAUUCGGUGUUCGUUGGGGUGCCUUCCGAAAGGGAGGCAAAGCGGGUCGAAAGCUCACCACUGGUCUACUCAGAGGGGCUGGUGAACCUAAUUUAUCCUGUCGGCCAGUUUUUUGCCGAUCAGGAAAACUGCACGGGAAGUUUGCAAAUAAUUCAAAUCUGUGAGCUGGAAAACCGUUUGCUGGUUGCAGUCCCACAAACUGCUUGGCACCGUUCCCUUUCAAAGCGCCUGCUGCCGCCUGGAGUUUUGGUCCGGGCCACAUUGGUUGAAGUACAAGCUGCAGAAGGAGAUCAAGUUGACGUGGCUAUUGACGGUGUGUCGCUUAAACUAUGGGUCGGCUUUUUGAAGAAGUCCCUUCGCGACGCCAUCGAGAUUUUGGAGGAGUUCGACGUCGACUACUUCUUCGACGACAACGAGAGCAGGAGAGCGCUACCUCUAGCGCAGGCCCUGGUGGAUGUGUCUCAAGAGCAUUUUGCUUUCUUUUCGGCCGACGGCUACGGAGGUCCAGGCUUCGACGAGACGGGCUUGGGAGAAGAGAUGACUGCCGGAGCUGCCGAUGCUGGGUUGGACGGCGAGCCUAUGACCGACUUGGAGGUGCGCGUGGCAAAGAUGGAGAAUGCGCUGAGCGACAUUGCUCAGGCCUCUUCAUCGGGGAACUUCUUGCCGACGGACACCAAGGCCAUGUUUCCGAAGUUGGAUGCUGGUGUUGUUGCAGCAGCCUUGCAAGCUGGAGUUCCGUUGGCGCAUCUGGAGUCCAUGCAGAGCCUGAUGGCCCAGCUUACCAAGGCCACCAAACUCAAGGAUCUGAAUCCGAAUGUGGCUCCCGACCCUUUGUCGGAGAACGAUGGGCUUCCAGACGAAGAAGAAGAACUGCUGCCCGCCGAAUAUGGCUUGGGAGAAAAGAGUCCAAUUGCAUCCACUUUGUCAAAGCUGACCUCCAUUGUGGAGUACCUAACAGACGAGGAGAAGAAGAAAACUUCAGUGAGCAAGCUGGAGUCAGCUUUGGAGGGGGGAUCAACUGGCUCGUCAGAUGUUCCGCUUUAUGGGGGUGGGAAAAAGGCGGCUCAAGCAAGGAGGGCGUUCCGGUCCUCUUUCGAAGAGAGCCCCGGCGACAUCGCUGCGCUCAUAGAGAAGCUCAUGUACGAGGACCUCACCUCGACGUCCCUGGCUCACGGCAUGCCUCCAAGGGGGCUCAAUGCAAGAGCGUGGGUGGAGCACAGGAGUCACAUUACUGCCCACAAGACAGGGGCGCAUGCAGCUUGGAGUGUGGCGGGGAUCUUGGACAGCCUCAUCUUGGGAAACUACACCAAGGCAAGGGCUCGAUGUGCAGUCCUGCUCUUGAUGUUGGAUCAGGCAAGCAGAGAUCGGGGAAACUGGACCCUGGCGGCCGAGCUUGCGCCCGAACCUGGACCGCCAAUGAAUGCGCUCAGCAAUCAUGUGGGGCCAGCGGUUCAGGAUGGCGAGAGCCCAUUUAGCAGGCUUUUGGAUCCACGAUGGGCAGAAGCAGCUCUGGCACAUCUCAAGGACCAAGACGACUACCUGGCAAAAAGGCGCAAUGUGGGAAAAGUGGCGACGACAAUCCAGAAGCAGAUGCAAAGAGGCGACCAAGGCCCAAGGCGAAGGCAAAGAACCAGCCAGCGGGCCCGACGCACGAGGGAUGCGGGUUCUACCUGGCCGCUGCCGCUUCCCUUCCCGGAGGUCUUCUCUGCUGGCGGAUGUCUUGAUUCCCGCUCGCAUGUGAAAAGGCUGAUCUCCUUGCAAGUGUUGGCUCUUGACUGGCUUCAUUUGGGAAAGCCGGCUGCUGCACCGCCAACACUUGCUUUGGGCACCUCAUUGACUGCGCGGCAGUGGUCUGUAGUGCGAAUGCUUGAGCACCUUGCCUUCGACGGUACAACUCCCGAAUUUGUGGAUGCUGCCUGCAUGGGCCGAGUGGCCAGUAAAGUGGAAGGCUUCGAAGAGAGCCUGGCCGCCCUCUCACGGGCAGUUUCUACCUUGCAUACCUCCUCUGGGCACUAUUUUGGUGCUACCGCCCACAGCCGGAGCCCCCCAGAUGAGGAUAUGGCUAUCCAGCGUUGUGGGACAGUUUGCGGCUCAUUGAACCAGAGGGUGGAACCAACAGCUCGGCCUCUUGUGGCUGCCAGGCUCACCUUUCCGCCUGCACCGCGGUUUGACCCGCGACCUUACUUUGACCACAGCACCCAGGACCUCUAUGAGUUCCCUCCCUCUCAUGGCAGAAAACUGGAAGAGAUAGGAAAGCCACCUGCAGUGCAAGUGCGUGCAAGUCCGCAGGGCCGGAUUCAGUUGUACCAGAAGCUUGCGCAAUCAGGCCUUUUGAAACCUGUGCCAGAAGGUACCUACCUUGACCUCUACCGCAACGGCCUCUUCUCUGUCCCAAAGGACGCUGAGCGUGACAGGAUGGUGUUGGACGGACGUCCAGCAAAUAUGGUCGACAGGGGUCAGCACAAGUGGUGUCAAGCAAUGGUUUCCGCUGCAGCGUUGGGAGGGCUUCACAUCGAAGAUGACAAAGUCCUGGUGUGCGGGGGUGAGGACCUUCGCGACUACUUCUACCAGUUUGUGGUCUAUGAAGAGCGAACGGCGAGAAAUGUUUUGCAAGGCAGCCUUAGUUUGAAGGAGGCAAAGCAGGUUUUUGGAACCAAGUUUGAGUGGCCUGCUGAACGUGUAGCAGUUGGUUUGAGCAGCUUGGCAAUGGGUGACACCUGUGCUGUGGAGUAUGCUCAGUGCUCCCACCUUGGGUUGUUGCUACAGGGCAAAGCGCUGCGGGUGAAGGAGCUGCUGACUCUGCACGGCUCCGUUCCUAGGGGUUUGCUGCAGAUUGGGAUCAUUGUGGAUGACCUGGUUGUGCUGGAGCAAGUUUUACGAACGGAGUUGGAAGAGAGAGGUGCUACUGCAGCAGCCUCUCUGAGUGCUGAGCGGCUUUCCAAUGCUCGGGUGGCCUAUGCCCAAGCCGGGCUGCCCAACAAUGAGAAGAAAGGCUUUGCGGGGCUGACCUGUGCCAACUUCUGGGGAAUAGAUGUCGAUGGCGACAAAGGCCUCUUGCGUGCCAGUCAACGACGACUAUGGCCUGCAAUGGUUAUUUCCUUACGUGUAUGCGCACUGGGUUUGGCCACUGUGGGACUCCUUGAAUCCCUUGCAGGCAUGUGGGUGUCUCUUUUGGCAGUGAGGAGAAGGUUGUUCAGUGUCAUGGACCUCAUUUUUGAGCCGCUGACAUUGGACUGCUCCAGCUCCACGGUGAUCCGCCUGUCCAGCGACAUGAUCUCGGAGCUGGCUUGCAUCUGCCUCUUGGGCACUUUGGCCGUGGUCAACCUCAGGGCCGACUUCGCCAACUUUGUCUGCGCUACUGAUUCAAGUGGCUCAGUGAUGGCUGGUGUCAGAGCAUCGAUACCAAAGUUGUUCUCCAAAGAGUUGGCGCGGCACACUAUUCGCAAGGGAGUUUGGGCUAAGCUGCUGCCCCCUGGGAAGGCGCUGUUGAGGAUGCAUGGACUCCUGGAGCCAGGAGAAGAGACACCUGAGGAAGGGUAUAGGAGGAGAAUUAGGAGGCAGAAGCAUAUCAAUGUGACAGAGCUGCAAGCUUUUGUGGAGGAGGAGAAGCGUAUUGCAAACUCGACCCCAAGCCUUCGAGUUCCUUUCGGACUCGACUCACAGGUGGGUCUUGGUGCUGUGGCAAAAGGAUGUGCUGCUUCCCCGAGCCUGAAUGCUGUGUUGCAACAGAGCAUGUGCUAUGCCAUCGGUGGAGAUGUUUACACCCUGCCUAUGUACUUCAACACUGCCUCAAACAGAGCUGAUGGACCCACCAGAGGAACUGCUCCAAAGGGCCCCGACCUUGCUUUACUUGAUUGGUUUGGUGAACUUGCUCAAGGAGACACUGAAAGCUUUGAUAGGUGGAUGGACUUGGCGGGUGUACCCUCGCCUGAACCCGAGCUGCCUUAUGCUGACCUCUGCGGCGCUCAAGAUCUAGACCUUAGCUCUGGCUCUGUUUUGCGCCGUAAGGAGUCGGCUGUUUUGGGCCGCCCAGGACAUGUGAAAGGGGACUUGGCUCUGCCUGAGGAAACUGCAGCCCUGCAGAAUGAAGUUGGUAGGUUGUCAAAGUUGUGCCCUGAGGCUGUUGAGCUGCUCUCAUGCUUCCCAAGGAGGCAAUUCUACUUUCGUGAAGGCGUUCUUGACUUUUUCGAGGCUGGCUGUUUGGACCUUUUUUCUGGAAAGUUUGGAGUGGCCCGGCAGCUUGUGCGUUGUGGUGCACCUUGGGUACUUACGUUUGAGUGGGAGAGAAGUUCAGAUGAAGACUUGCUGCAGCCUCAGCUCAGAACAAAGCUCCGGAGGAUGAUAGCAGUUGGAUGUUUCAAAGCGUUUGGUGCUGCCCCCAUUUGUGCAAGCUUUUCUGUUGCGGUGACACCGCCGGUGCGGAGUAGCCAGUUUCCUCGAGGGCUCCCCAACUUGUGGCGUUCCAUGCAGCAAAAAGUUCGCGAUGGAAACAGCCACAGCGACUUUGUCCGUGACCUGGUCGAGGAUGCCGAGUUCUACGUCCUUGCCUAUUUCGUGGAGAACCCUGAUUUGUCAUGGUGGUGGAGGCAGAAGAGAUGGAAGCGCUGGAGGAGCAGCACCUCAGCCUGUUGCUUCAGGCUCUGUUUUUGCCGUUUUGGUACUCCCUGGCAGAAGGCAACGCGUGUUGCAACCAACACCAGACUUGCCGGGGUGAGAAUGAUGUGCAAAUGCAAGAGGCCCCACCAGAGACUCAGGGGAGGGCAUCCGACACUGAAGAAACCUUGGACUGCUGUGGCCCAGCCUUAUCCUCGUGGGUUAUGCAGGCUACUGGCUCUUGCACUAUGUCAACACGCUGGAUGGUGUGGGCGUGAACGUUUGAAUGUUGCUGACUGUGCAAAGCUGGGCUGCUUGAGACCUGGCGAGGCUAAGAACCCAGGGCCACGGAGAAGGCUGCCGCGUGAACGACAAGGUAGCCUUUUGGAUGUCAAGCUGGUGACUACACAAACGCUGGCGCUGGAAGCGAAGCAGCUUAAGAUGUUUUGUGACUGGUGCAACAAAUGGCUUCAGGGUAUUGAUUUGGAAGUUUUAUUUAGCAGGGUGCCGCAGUUUUUGGUUUCUGCUUUGGAGCGCCAUGCUGAAUGGCUUUUCAAGAACUCUGGGGCACUCAGCAACAUGCGACACAUCAUACUUGCUGCACAGCGUUGGAUACCGGCCUCUCGGCCUUUGAUGACCCCAGCUUGGGAAAUGGUGGACAGAUGGGAGUUGUUGUUGCCAGUGAACCAUCGCAUUCCCAUCCCUUACAACGUCGUGUGUGCAAUGUGCACGAUUGCUUGGCACCUGGGAUGGUAUGCAUGGGUUGGCGCUACAGUGCUCGCUUAUUUUGGAGCAGGAAGGCUGGGAGAGGUUUUGAGAUGCUGCCGCGAGGACUUGGUUUUGCCUCAGGAUGAAGACAAACUCCCUUUGUGGAACACGUCCUUGCGCACCUGCGGACCGUCCCUGCAAGACUUGGUUGUGACUACAGCUGCUGGAUGCUCCUAUGUCAUGGUGGUGCUCUAUGGCCUCCUCAAUUGCCCUGGAGCUUGGUCCACCUGGGCCUUUUGUUGCGGCAUCCUUUGGCGCAGCUGCGGUGCACUCUUACCUUUGUGGGUGAUGGAAAAAGAGUCUGCGCUGCUUCACCAGCUUCGACCUAUGUCAUGGCGGUGCUCUAUGGCCUCCUCAAUUGCCCUGGAGCUUGGUCCACCUGGGCCUUUUGUUGCGGCAUCCUUUGGCGCAGCUGCGGUGCACUCUUACUUUUGUGGGUGA